UUUUUUCUUUAUUUUUUUGUAAUAAUUGAAUCUUUACUUUGAUUUCUUGACCAGUCAAGCUAAUUUCUUUGAAUUUUCUUUUAAGCUUUGGGUUUUUGUUUGCUUGUCAAAUUCAAAUAUCAUCAACAUCUUCGAUCGUUUAUUGAUGGUUUUAUCUUAGUAAUUAAAUAAAUGAUGUCUAGGUCAAACAUUAGGAGCUCUGGUCAUUGUUCCAGAUCCUUCUGUGGUGUAAAUUGAAGUUUGUGGGCUUCUCUUACCUACCUUUGUUUCCUCAUAAAGAGGGUUUCUCCACAGAUUUUUAUUUACAAUAAUUCUGUGGUCUUUCUGCUAUUUGUAGAUUCUCUGUGUUUCUUUCUUCAUCUCUUUUCAUUGAGAAGUCAACAAAAGGGAAAAAAGGGUAGUUGCUGAAGUAGGGUAAAGAGAAAGAAUGGAAGAAACAAUGGCAGCACGGUAUUGGUGUCACUUGUGUUCUCAAAUGGUUAUUCCUAUCAUGGAAAUUGAGAUCAAAUGUCCAUAUUGUGAAAGUGGAUUUGUAGAAGAAAUUAGCAGUAGGUCAAGGGAUAGUCAAGACCCUGAUACCGAUUUCAGUUCUGAUCGUGCACUCUCUCUUUGGGCCCCGAUAUUACUUGGAAUGAUGGGAAACUCUCGUAGACGCAGAAGAUUUAGAAGAACCGAGUUUGAAGAUGACGACGAUGACAAUGAUGAUGGAGGAGUCAGUGAAUUGGACCGCGAACUUGAGUCAUUUGUGAGGAGGAGGAGAAGAAACUCUGCAACAAUAUUACAAUUGCUUCAAGGAAUUCGAGCUGGAAUUGUGUCUGAAUCAGAGAAUUUGAAUUCUGAAGGAGAUAGAGAUAGGGAAAGAGAAGGUGUCAUUUUGAUCAAUCCUUUGAAUCGUACUAUCAUUGUACAGGGUUCAUAUGAUUCAAGCAAUGGUCCAAACCAGAAUCAUACUCCAGUUGGGUCAUUGGGCGAUUAUUUCGUAGGUCCUGGUUUGGAUUUGUUAUUACAACAUUUGGCAGAAAAUGAUCCAAAUAGAUAUGGUACUCCACCAGCACUAAAGGAAGCAAUUGAGGCAUUACCAAAUGUGACAAUUAAAGAAACUAUUCAGUGUUCAGUUUGUUUAGAUGAUCUUGAGGUUGGCACUGAGGCCAAGGAAAUGCCAUGUAAGCAUAAGUUUCAUAGCAACUGUUUAUUACCAUGGUUGGAACUUCAUAGUUCUUGUCCAGUUUGCAGAUUUCAGUUGCCUGCUGAUGAGUCCAAGUCAGAUUCCGAGAGGUCUCAAAAUAUCAGUGAUCGGAGGGUUAGCGAUGAUAAUGAUGGUGAUAAUAACAAUAAUAAUAAUACUAGUAGUAGUAGUAGUAGUAGUAGUAAUGAUAAUAAUAAUAAUGAUAAUGGCAGUAUCACUGAAGAGGGAGAAGGGGAUGGGAGAAAUGGAAAUGGAAGAAGGUUUUCAUUUCCAUGGCUUUUCAGUAGUUUGUUUUCCUCCUCUUCAGGAUCUCAUUCCAGUGGAAGCAAUUCGACGCCCACAACUUCAUCCUCGUUGCCAAAUGCUUCUCGAACAGAUGAGGAUUAAGUUGAUUUUCUUUAAUUGCCAACAUUAUAUUAGCUUGUCAAUUAUGUUGCUUGAAUGUGUGUUGCCUUUGUUUAUGUACAUAUUAUUUUACUUGCUCAACUCAAGGCUAAAUCUUGGAAAAAACAACAGUUUGUGUUUUGAUAUGCCUCUUUCUUUGUUCUUUCUAUAUAGAAUUUUCUGCAGGAUGAAAUAUCUGCCAUUGAUGGUUGCUAUAUCACCUACUAUUUAACUUGUAUACAGCUAUUUUAAAGCUAAAUUUGAAUAUUUCAAUUGCAUCA